UUUUGUCCAUUAACGUUUGCUAUGAAAGGACCAUGAUUAUUUAUUUUUUUUGUUUUCAACUUUGAUGUAUGCAAUAUUGUUUUAACAAAUUUUAAUGCUGUGUGGGCUAUAGGUCUUUUCUUAUCUAGAAUUUAUUUAUAAAGGUCACAAAAAGAGGAAAAAGAUUAUAUGCCAUUUUAUAGGGGUGAUUUAAAGAAAAAGAGGAAUUUUUCAAAUAUGUAUAAGCUUGAGCGCAGAAUUCGGAUUAAGAAAUUACUUUAAAUGAAAUUUUCCGUUUUUUCUUUUUCUUACAAUUAGUUCCAGGUUAAGAAGAUUCCACCUGGAAAAAUUUCAAACAUAUUUUCCUCAUCGUGAGUUUUGAGCGAAAUUCCACUUUUUCUAAAUUACAUACAUACGUAUCUUUCAAAUGAAAUGCGAAGAACUUGAUCGUUUUUUUCACGUUAAUUAUGAAGGCGAACAAGGAAUCCACUCUACACUAGGGAAAGUGUAAUUUUUAUUCGGGUAAAACUCAGGAUGUUUAAGUUCUAGUUUCUAGGCAAAUAAAAAUAUCUUGAGUAAACAGUUUUCACGUAAAACACACAUGAGAGCUGAAGCAGUGUUGCCAAAUCAAAAUUUGGACCAAAGUUUCGAAUUUGGCGAUUUUAAGUUUCAAUUGAUUGGACUAAUUAAUAAGAAUGACAAAUUACGGCUUUUUACAAAGUUUUUAAAAGACAAUAAUUUAUUUAAGUUCAAAAACAAAUUAAGUUAAGGGUACUCUUUUGUAUUUUCAGAUUUCUGAAGAAUGCAUUAAAAUGAAAUAUCGAGCUGCCCAAGAAGAUAUUACUUUAAGAGCGUAUUCCAAUGGUGGUAAGAAACUUACCCAAUAUCAGAACAACUAUGUCAUCACUCAUCAACAAGGACUAGAAUAACGUUGAUGCACUGAUUUGUAAAAUUUGGGAAAUUAAGUUGACCAAGAGGAUCCAAACGAGAGGUGAAAAACCCACCUCAACAAUACUGUUUCCGUUUGCGAGUUAAUGAUUUUGCCAUUUUAUGUAGUGUUAAUUCAGUCUACAAUGACUGAUUCAACUCAAAAUAUAGAAACUGUGCUUCAGCUUAUUUUUAAACGGCGCGAAGGUGGUGGUCUGUUAACAUUGGUAUUGCCCUUAUUUGUAUGAUAAAAUUUGAAAUAAUUUGUAAAUUGGUAUCUCCAAUGCCAACAGUCUUUAGUGAUGGGUACAAACGAAAGUUGUAAAUCUGUAGUGCUCCUUAAAAAGGUGUUUAAGGCUUUCAACAAAAAACUUAUAGAAACUUUUUAUUAAAAAAAAAGAAAAUAAUCCAUUUCAUGAACCAAUCGAAAUCGUAUUUUUACAACAAACUUUUACAUUUCUUCGUCAAGUUUCAAAAAUGAACUUCAAAACUCUCUAACGCGCAUGCCUCUAAUAUCCUUCAGAAAGAAACUCAGUUAUUCUUUUUUUUUAUGAAUGACUUGGGAAUUUUAUCCUGCAUACGGAGUCAUUAUCGCUGACAGGUGGUGGAAAUAAUAACGUUUCUCCCACAAAAAAAAAGUAUGUACAUUGAAAAAGCUCUCUCCAUGAGCAUGAGAUAUGUUUCCAUCUUGAUAUAAUCCAACUCUUCUCUCUAUAUUAUCGAGUUAUUCGAAUUAGACGACCGAAAGAAAUUUUUGUCAUUUCCCGUUUGAAAUUUUCCGGAAAAUACGUGCCGAAAUCUAUGGAUUUUUCCUUCUAAAAUCCCCUAAAAAAGUUUCAAUUCUUUUUCAAAAUCAAUUUGCAUUGAUUUCUGAAGUGAAAACCAUUAAGAAAAGUGUGAAAAUUCAAUGCUUUUUUGCAAAAAUUGGUGUGUGUAAAAAAUUAAUUUCUAUAUCUCCGGCGAGAUUAUACUCUUCCUUCAAACGAAAAUUACAUCCUACCCCAUGUCGAAAUCACACUGAGGAAGGGUAGUGUGUACCUCUCAGUGUGAGGGGGUGGCUGGUGGAUUUUUUUUCAGUGAAAUCCUUUCUUUUAUAUUUUUGAACCGUGAUUUGUGUAGGGAAAAAAUAAAUACGAGUACAGAGGUACAAGGAGAAAGUAUCUAUCUAUCUGAUAUUGUACUAGUAUCAUCUCUUUGGAAAAUACAAAAAAGAAAAACUUGAAAGAAUGAAAAAGAUAAAGUGAAGAAGUGAGGAUUAUCCUGGUUUCAUACGUGCUCAUCGCAACCCAAAUGUGUGUUCUUAAGAACUACGACAACGACAACUACAAAAACAACAACAUUUUUUUUCUGCUUUUUCAUUUGGAUAAAGAAAAGUAUCUACUCCAUCAUCAAGACCACACUACCACCAUCAAUACCACCACCACCGAAAUAAACGAACUUAUGAACGAAAAUAAUAAAACGACGACGAACUGAGUUGUAACUUUAAAAUUAAUGUAAACCUUGUUCCUAGAGCUCUUUGUAGUUCAGUAGCCUUUUAAAUAAAUAUUAAAAAAAAAAAUUCAAAUUAAAUUCAAAUAAAAUCUUUACAAAAUCGAAAGCAAACCGAUAAAAAACACAAAAUGGAACGAAUGUGGCGCAAAGUCAAUCACAGUUUCACUGGGCGAACCUCCAAGUCUACGGCCACAAUUCAGUCUACAGACACAACCUCGUCGGCGGGCUUUGGCGAAGGACAGAUUGUGGUAGCGGUUGCCAAUAAUUGUAGCAGCAGCGCUGGCACUGGAAAUCUGCCUUCAAGUACGGCAACUGGACGCCGGCUGGCAGCAAGUGGAGUCCAAUCGCAGACAGUGAUUACUCCAAAUCAACAAAAGUCCCUUAGCCAACAUGUUUUAUUGAAUAGCACAGCGUCGUCAGAGAGGCGACGUCGUCGAAGGAGGAAGAGCCGUCCUCGACGUAGUGGAGACACGACCUCGAGCGGAUUUGGCCACCAUCAAAUAAUGGAAUCAACGAACCAACAACAUCACCAUCACCACCAGCAACUAUAUCAGUCGCAUGACCAAGAACCGCUACCACCACCUCCGCCGCCACAACCACCCCAACAGCAGCAGCAGCAGCAGCAACAGUCGACGUCUUCGAGUGCACUUAUGAUGGGUGUGAGCAGUAGUGGCACUGCAUGUUAUCCCCCUAUUGUGGCGCCCAACAACCAACAACAAGACGUAUCUUUGCGACAACGUGCUGUUGCUAAGCUUCGAAUGUUCAACUUCCACCUGAACUGGGACCUCCAUAUGACUCAGUGCAAACCGUGCGGACCCCGGUCUGGAGGAGGAAAUAUAAUAACUCGUCGAUUGUGCAGGAAUCGCCGUCGGGACGACAACGAAUUGUAUCGCUCAAAUAGUUUUAAAUUUGAACGUUUCGAGAGGAGGGAAUGCAACGAGGAAUUCGCAGAUACUCUACAAAAAAAGAUAUCAAUCUGUGAUGACUAUAGCCUGCCCAUUGAUUUUGUGAAAAAACGACCGUCCAGCUUCGAUCCGUGUUUAGCUGAAGCGAUACCAAACCCGGAAACUUGGGUAGCGCCAAGUCCACUCUCAGAUCUUGUAAAUUUUAUAGAACCACCAUCAGCUACUCUUGGAGGAGGAGGAGCUACUGUUGUUGCUACUGCUGCUGCUACUACAUCUACUGCUCCACCACCGCCACCACCUCCAACAUCAUCUUCAGCUGGAAACGUUAACACCAGCACCUCCAACCACUUACAGUCUCAUCAGCCAUCACAACACCGAUCACAUCAUCAUCCUCCGCUACCAAAUACUAUAAAACAAGCAUCGGUUAAACUAAUCGAGGGUUAUUCCGACCCCAAGGAUACCAAGCGACCGAAAAAAGUCUACCACAAGAAGAGCAAGCCUCGCAAGGAACAUAAACGCAGUAAUUAUAGUUCGGAUUCAUCGGCUCCCAAAUCAUCUGCUGACGAAGACGAUACCAAUUCUGUCAAAGCUCCCGAACUAAACUCCCCAGACAGUAUAUCAGAAGACUUGGUUAGACCCUUGCCACCUUUACACCGAAGUCCUAGAAAACUAACAACUUUAAGCUCCGACGCCACUGCAAACAGCAAACGUAACCCAUCGCCAUACUACUAUUCAGAUCUCUUAAAAUCCAAGGACACCGACAAGGAAACCAAACAGAAAAGCCGUCAAUCAACAGCAUCCGAACCGCCACAAUUAACUCAGCAACCUGUAAUAGCAGGUGCUUAUAGAAAAAGCACCAGUCUUGAUGUGCCAGAGGUUGAACGCGAACAACCCGAAGGUGCAUCUGAUAUCCCCCAACAGCUUACUCCCAAACGAUACUCAUUCACUGAAGAAGGAGUUCGUAUAAUACGUUGCACUACCCCUUCAACCAGUACUUCGGAUGAUUCGGAUUGCAGCGAGUGCCAAAAGCGUCGUGAAUGGCAUGCUAGAGCCUUGGCGCUUGUGCGACAAACUUGCAAUAUUCAAGGUGUCGUCAGUGGUGACAAAGUCGAACUUCAACUCCAACCGAACCAAUUUAUACCGCUUGAGAGUGAGUUGCAAUCGAUGCCGCCACAUAGACUUCUAGGGCCAGCAGUUUGCGCCUGUGCCGCACCAACUAUUGGCGAUGAUCUAGACGAAUAUUUUCGACCACGAAGCAUCUUCUAUGUUCAUCCACAGGGUGUGCACGAGUGUGCUGAUUGUUCGGCCUCCACAAACAGCGUAAAUAAUCUUACCGAAGAACAACAAAUUACCGCAGAACAAUUAGAAGACGAAGGUGAAAUGUCGGGCGGACGCACACGUCAAUUUUACGAAACUGCAUUCGACUGCAAGAUCACAAAAUCCGAUGAUGAUUUGGAUGAAGUCGAUCGCAUUACCAAUCAUUCGGUGCUGCUUCAAAUCGAAAAUGGCAAUAAUGUUCCGAAGGCAAAGCCAUCGUCGGAUCGUAAGACCAGACUUGAAGGCAAACGCCUUAAGAAUUCCAAGAAUCAAGCAAUUCAAGAGAAAACAAAUGCCUCAGCGACAGCAGCUGCCAGUGGAACCACCAAUUCAAGUAGUACUGUGGGAAGUGGUGGUGCCAUUGCUGGCAGUGUUACAGCCUUAUCAAAUGAUCUCGAGAACGUCCACAUCGAUCACAAUACAAGCGUUGACCAGAUGAACAAUACAACGUCCAACUCGCAGCUACCCAUGCGCGGGUAUACUCCAUCGCCGCCCUCGACAGCUCCCCUGCCAAUGAAAUUUCCCAGCAAACACGAUCGGUUUUUUAUGAAUAGCAUCAAGAGUGCGCCUAAUUUACCCUCGUCGAAUCCGGCCGCCCAUCCAAGGCUCAAGGAUCUACGUCUUCCGAUACAAUCACAUCAUCGCGCCAUGCAUGCUGCAGCUUCAAUUGAUAGUCAGAAUAGUAGCUUUGCAGAAAAGUCCAGAACUCGACCAGAACGACCGCGCUCAUUUGUGCUCGAAUCUGGCAGAGUUCUGGAAUUGCGUAAAAGUGGCGGCGGCGGCAGCAGCGGUCACCACCACCAUGUUGGCCAUGCACAAGCGUCGUCGAAUAACUCGUCACCGGCAAAUGGUCGGCGACACCAGCACAAUUAUUCAUCGACUGAAAGUAUCGCCACAUCGAGUAGUGGUGGCAGCAUGGAGUCGCUUCGCUCGAGCACCAGCGAAGGUAAUCGCAGUACUUCCAGCUCAGGGUCAAGGCACUCAACAUCGUUGAGUUCACAUAGCUCUGAGUCUGGCUCGAGUUUAGCGUUUCCUCUGCGAGCGCCCAUAGUCAUUCAUUCCAAAUUGCAUAUCUUAAGUCCGAUAUCGGACAAGUCAUCCCAAGAGCCGGCAUCCGAUGCAUCUGAAUUUCAGAAGAAUGCUUCUCCGGAGGAGCAAAAAGCAGCAACGGCCGAUAAUAAUCAGCAAGCUGUUCCUGAGGUUUUGCUGAAAAAACAGAGAAGACCUCCACCAAAUAAAACGUUGCUUCAUUUAGCUGACGAAAUUCUUGGUUCGGAUAGUGGAAUUUCAUUGCAUUCUCGUGGUGAAGAUGGCAAGAAAUCGGGAUUGCACAAAUUCACUUUGCCCAAGUUGAAUUUUCCAUCAUCCGAAAAGACAGAUAGUGGAAUUGGACCUAUUAGUGGUAUAGGUUUGCCACAAGACCUUCGAGAUCUUCCAUUCGAUAUGCCCAAAUUGAGAAGAAGGAAAACUUUGCAACAGGAUACCUGUACAUCGGGAAGUGCAACUUCAGUAGACUUGGGUGAUCUUCCAUUUGAUAUGCCAAAACUUCGCCGACGACUUCGUAUGAAUCAGACAGAUAUGACAAGCCUGCUUGUGCAUAGCACCGAAUCUAGUGGAAUAUCGCAGGCGUCAUCGAGUCAUUCAAUGCGCGAUGAAAACAAAGCCAUAAAAUUGGCAGACACAGCUAUCUUCCGUCAAAAUCUAACCCUAAACCUAAACGAGCCAGCCCGUUCGACCACGAAAUUCGGAAGUCUGGAUCUUCGUGGCAUCCCCUCGAAUAAGGAACUGAAUUUGAAUUUAAUUACUGGCUUCACAUCCGCCGUUGACUUAAUUGACAUUUCCGUUCCACUAGAGCGACAAGGGUGGUAUCAUGGAGCUAUCACACGCAUCGAAGCCGAGACCACCCUUAGGCCAUUGAGUGAGGGCAGCUUCCUUGUACGUAAUUGUGAGUCAACCAAACAAGAUUACUCUUUGUCAUUAAAGGGCGCUAAAGGAUUCAUGCACAUGCGAAUACAACGCAACGAUUCCGGUCAAUAUAUCCUUGGACAAUUUAGUCGACCAUUUGACUCUGUUCCGGAAAUGAUACGACAUUUUUGCUUAAAUCGUCUGCCAGUACGUGGGGCAGAACACAUGUGCUUAAUAGAUCCAGUCAUAGCACAGCUGCUAUAAGGAUUCAUUAAAGUUGUUGUUGAACAUCAUUCAUCUACUUAAGUGACACAUACCAGACAAUACAUAUAAAAAAAAAACAUUAUAUAAAUAGGUAUAUAUAUAGGCGAGUAUUAUAUAUGUAGUAUCGUCGUCGAGGAGAUAAUUAUUAUAGUGAAAGUCGAAACUAUUAAGGUAUAUAAAUUUAAACUAUUAUUAUGGAGAACCGUUAUAAUGAUGCGGGUUCCAUAAUUACAUAAAUUAUAAUUAUCAUGCAUUGUGAGAGAGAUUUACAUAUACAUUGUACGUAGAAGCUCUGUUUUUUUAAAUUAAGUUUGUUGAUUAAUUUUAAUUUUCACCUUCCGACAACUCUCAUAAAAUGGUCUCAAAGACCUGCGGGUGGUACGGAUCGAUCUACUCUUACGUAAGCCAUGUGUUGUGGUAAAUUUUGUGAUUUUAGUUUUUAUCUAGUGCACUAUAAAUAGGUGAAAGAAGAAGGCUACAGAAUGAGGAUUUUUCUAAGAAAUAUCAGUAGGUACUUAAUUUAUACUUUUUAAACAUGUUUUUUGGUAAGUUUUUGAGCACUUCGCCCAAAAAAAAAUCUUUUGAUUAAG